CAUCGAUGAGAGCCGAGCCACUCUUUCGUCCUAUAUAAGAGGGGCCAAAGCAAACACCCAGCCAUAACAAACUCUCUCAACUCUACAGCUAGCUAUAGCUAGUCCCUCUUCCCCUCUCCGAUCUGCUCAAGUUGUCUUCUCCCUUCUUAUUACAUCAUGGUGGUGCCGGAAAAGGGUCUUUCAGGAGCCUUGAAUGCAAAAGUUACUGGCUCCGGCAACGAAGCCAUAAUUCUUGCUCAUGGGUUUGGAGGAGAUCAGUCUGUAUGGGAUAAAAUCGUUCCCCGCUUGGCUAAGCACUAUCGGGUACUUGUUUUUGACUGGAUCUUUUCUGGUGCUAUAAAAGAUCCAAAUCUCUUUGACCCUGUUAAGUACUCAUCAUAUGAUGCUUUUGCAAAUGACUUGAUCAGUCUCAUGGAUGAGCUGGACUUGAAAUCAUCUGUUCUUGUUGCCCACUCGAUGUCUGGUAUGAUUGGAUGCAUCGCUUCCAUUAAAAGGCCUGAUCUUUUUAAGAGGCUCAUACUUAUUGGAGCUUCUCCCAGGUACAUCAAUGCUGAUGAUUAUGAAGGAGGUUUCAAUAACUCGGAGGUUGAGGAUAUCAUUUCAAACAUAGAAUCCAACUUCUACAACUGGGCGCAAGCCUUUGCUUCUGUUGUCGUCGAUGCAAACGAUCCUCCCUCGGUCGACAUGUUCUCAAAAUGCUUGCAAAGAAUGAGACCUGAGUUUGCCGUCCAUGUAGCCAAAACUGUUUUUUACUGUGAUGAAAGGGACAUUCUUGAGAAGGUUUUGACACCAUGCAUUAUAGUCCAGACCACUCGAGACAUUGUAGUGCCAAAUUCAGUUGCUUACUACAUGCUGGAGAAGAUCAAAGGGAAAUCUACGGUUGAGAUCAUUGAAACUGAUGGGCAUUUUCCACAUCUAACUGCACACCAGCAGCUCCUCGACGUGCUUAUUGCGGCCAUGAGCUUAAAUGAGCCUAAAAAUAUCUCCUCGUGAUCUGUUUUAAUUUGCCGCUCUCGUUUGUCUUGUAGAAAUGCAAGGUUACAAAUAAAUGCCCAUUGGGACAUUGCAUUAUUGUGUGCUUCAACAUUUCAUGGAUAGAUGGAGAAGAUGGUUAGCUUGUAGCAUGAAGGUUGAAGAAUGUUUUCUGUCUAUAUAUAGUACCGUGGAUUGAAGUUUUCUUUGUAUAUUUAGUGCACUUUUGACGUUGGGAUUGAAUUUGCUUUUUAUUAACAUUUGAAUUA